AUGUUGGUAGACUUGAUAAAGAAGAGUUCACAAGAAACUAGAGAAGAGGGAAGAAUAUUCCGAGAAUCAGUAGAGAAAAGUUUACAAGAAAAUAGCGCAUCAUUAGAGAAAGGUCUCAGAGAAUCAUUAAAGGAAGAUUUAGAUGAAAUUAGAGAAGAGGGAAGAAUAUCCCGAGAAUCGUUAGAGAAGAAUUUACAAGCAACCAACGCAGCGUUAGAGAAGAAUUUACAAGAAACCAACGCAGCGUUAGAGAAGAAUUCACAAGGAACAAGAGAAUCGUUAGAGAAGGGUUUACAAGAAAUCAAAACAUCACAAAUGAAGAUGGAAUGUAAUUUGAAGAAGGAAAUGCAGGAGUUACAAGAACAACUGAAGAUGGACAUCGACGAGAGAGUGAGGAAGCUACGGAAGAGUAUAGACCAAGUCCAGGAAGACGUGGAGAAGGUGGAAGGAAAGUUAACAAAAAAGAUAGAAGACAAUAUUGAAGAAACGAAAGCCGAUUUGGGAGAAAGAAUCAACGAAGUGGAAACAAAUUGCAAUCAUCGAAUCGCCGAGGUGACGCAGAUCCAGAAACAAUGCAAUGAUGCAGUUAAGGGGAUAGGAGAUAGGCAAAACCAACUGGCUGUCAAUCUGAGAAAUGCUAUAGCCGUGCAACGAGAAGAGGAUAACAAGAGGGUUGAAAUGGAGAUACUAAAAGCAAAUGUUAGCUUGCCUAGUUUCCCAGUGAGUGGAGUGAGAAUUGUGAACGCGUUGGGUGCAAGGAGUGAACCUAUUAAAGAACAAGUGUUGAUUACAUUCGAGAUAGAGGGAGAAGAAUAUGAAGGAACAUUUUUGGUGGUGGCCGGAUUGAACACAUCAAUUAUUUUAGGGAUAGAUUGGUUGAAUGAAGUUGAUGCAGUAGUGAGUUUUGAUGAAGGUACUAUCAAGGUCAAAGGAAGAAAAGGAGAAGAGAAGAGGUUAAAGUUUGCUGAGGGGAGUGCAAUCGAAGAAGAGGAAGAAUUCAGAAGAAUAAAUUUGUGUCAUGAAGAGGAACCCACCAUGGGAUACGAGGAAGAGGAACUAGGAGAAGAAGUGUUGAUAUACCUUGAGGGACUAGCACGAGAGGACAGACAUAAAGAGGAUAAGAUUAGUAAAAAGUUGGAGGAGAUGACACACCUAGAUGAGAGGACUAAGGAGAAAUUAGCCACAGGUGUCACCAAGGCACAGGAGCCCACGUCCAGCAAGUGCUCCUGCGCUCACAACGCCGCCCCUAAGGCGGGCCGCAAGAUGAGACGCAGGCCCGUGAGGUGA